UUCCCGCCGCCGAACUUGCGCUGCGGCGGGCGGGUGGGGCGGCCCCGGAGUCGGCGGGGCGGGCACGUGAGCGAUGGAGACCAUCUGGAUCUACCAGUUCCGCGUCAUCGUGAUCGGAGACUCCACCGUGGGCAAGUCGUGCCUCCUGCACCGCUUCACCCAGGGCCGCUUCCCGGGGCUGCGCUCCCCCGCCUGCGACCCCACCGUCGGCGUGGACUUCUUCUCCCGCCUGCUGGAGAUCGAGCCGGGCAAGAGGAUCAAGCUGCAGCUGUGGGACACGGCGGGGCAGGAGCGGUUCAGAUCAAUAACUCGAUCUUAUUACCGCAAUUCAGUUGGUGGAUUUUUAGUAUUUGAUAUUACUAACCGACGAUCCUUUGAACAUGUGAGAGACUGGCUAGAAGAAGCAAAAAUGCAUGUACAGCCAUUUCGAAUUGUAUUUCUCCUAGUGGGACAUAAAUGUGAUUUAGCCUCACAACGUCAAGUUACAAGGGAAGAAGCGGAAAAACUGUCAGCAGACUGUGGUAUGAGAUAUAUAGAAACCUCAGCAAAAGAUGCCACAAAUGUUGAGGAAUCCUUCACAAUCUUGACAAGAGACAUAUAUGAACUUAUUAAAAAGGGAGAAAUUUGUAUUCAGGAUGGCUGGGAAGGGGUUAAAAGCGGUUUUGUUCCAAAUACUGUGCAUUCUUCUGAGGAAGCAGUGAAGCCCAGGAAAGAGUGCUUCUGCUGACUUCAAACAUGCCAAAGAACUAACAAGAGCAGACUGGGUGUCGUUUCAAGAUAAAUACAACAUUAAGAACAGGCUGAUGCAAUGAAAACAUUAAAAAAUGUCAUAUACCUGACUCACAAGCCCAUAUUAACACUGUUUUACAAGGUAUUUAAUUCAGGGCACUGUGCUUAUUUGUUACGCUACAAGAUUGGAUAUUUUGCAAAAUUAUAAAGGCAAAGCAGACAACUUUUUCUUCAAACUACAGUAGCUACACAAUUACCUCUGUUUUCACUGUUACCGUAUAGCUGACCUUAGUGUCCAAAUAUGUCAAUAUUACUCAUUUUUCUUGACAGUCUGAAAUGGGUUGUUUGUGUGUGUGUGCAUAUAUAUAUAGUCAGAUUUAAAAGCUUUUAUCAGGAAUCAUAUUCUUUUAACUUAGUUAAUUUUGAACAGUAAAGUGGGUAUCAAAGUGUACUGUUCACUUACAGAGAAACAAUCUCAGAGGUAUUGACUAGGAUGAAAACAUCAGUUUCUUAUUUAAGGGGCCAGGUUUUUAACCAUUCUCUGAAAUAUUUAUCCCCCUUAAUUUUACCUGAACAUAAGAAAAUAAGUUUUAUGCCCAUUUUUCGUCUCUGAUUUAUUGCUUCUGAAAAUUUACGUUUUAUAAAUGUGUCUAAGAAUCCAAGCAAAAUAUUUUAUUGCAAAUAUUUCCAAAAAUAAAAACAACCAACCAUUUAUCAGCAAAUGUUUUCAUGCUUUAGUAUACUGUCCUUACUUAGAAAAAACAAAUUUACCUAUAUGCUGGCAUUUUCAAAGAAAUUAAAUGCAAUUUACCUUGAACUAAUGUCAAAAUCAUCAAUAUAGUAAAUUUCUAAACCAUCCCAUUUCCAAGUAUAGAAAAGAGUUUUCUGGACAAGGAAAAUUGGCUAAAUGUUUGCUAUAUUUAGUAUUCAAAUUAUAUUUUACUAUCUUAUCUGUAAAAGUGAAGACAAAGUAAUGAAUCAAGAAAGUACAAUGACUUUUGAGUUCCCUAAUUUUGAACUCACUGAUUUAAGCCCCUUUCCUGGAAGGGAUAUUUUGAUCAUAAUGUCAAAUAUAAUGCACAUUUCUAUUCUGUUCUGUACACCAUUUCUAAUCACAAAGAGGGGCACCACAUGAAGCUGCCUUCCUAGAAACAGAAGAACUUUACUAUUAAACUGUAGUUGCCCCAUUUGUUUGAAAACCAAAGUAGACUAGUAGAAAGAAUAUUUAACUAGAAAUCAGAAAACCUGAGUUCUAAGCUGGCCUUUGCUGUACCAAUGUUUGACCAUGAGUAAGUCACUUAACCUCUCUAAGCAUCAGUUCUCUCAUCUGUAAAAUGACACUAACACCCCAUUUGUUAUGUUUUGUGGAAUUAUUUUGAGAAUCAAGUGAAUCACGUGAAAACGCUUUGUAAAUAGAGAAAACAUUAUACAGAUAUGAAAUUAUCAGCUGCUCAUGUGCAUGAGAAUUUUGUUUUCUUAUGUUUCUUCCCUCCAUUCCUGUACAGAGGGAGCAGAAAAAGGUACAAGUUUUCAUGGACCUGGGGAAGUUCUUGGCCUAGAUGCUUACCCUCUGCUCUUUUACUCUGAAACACUGUCCUUCAAAGUAGAAAUGAAAGGGAGGGAAUCCCCAGAGAAUUAAUUCAAUCAAAAGUCUUGUUCAAAAAAGGAAAUUGAAAUAAUAAAAGCACUGGGUUAAUAUAGUCUUACUUACAUGUUUUUAUAAUAGCUAUUGGUUAACAAUCUGUGGGAGCAUUUUGUCUUAUAAACUGUCAACCAAUUCCCAUUCUUACAGCAUGACUUUUAUCUUAGCCUCACAUCUAGCAGAAUGGGUAUUUUACUAAAUUAUCAGGCAAAGCAGAUAACUUUUUCUUGAAACAGAAGUAACUACAUAAUCACCUCCAUUUUCACUUUGUUAGCAUAUAUCUGACAUUAGUGUCCAAAUAUGUCAAUGUUACUCAUUUUUCUUACAGUUUGAAAUGUGUUUUUCUGCAUCUUUGAAGUAUUUAAUUGUAUUUUUUAAAUACCUGUAUAUUUUCUAGGUUCAUACAAGAAUUUUUAAUACUGUUUAUGGGGAGAAGAAUGCAAAUUGUAACAUCACUAUAAAAUUUCUCUAUAUGUAUAUUGGCAACAUUCUCUUGAUAUUUUUAGGUUAAUUUUACUUGAGUGAGUCCAAACUGUAAUUGACUAGAUAAGAAAACACCUGCCCCAAAAAUGUGAAGCAAUCUAAUUUUACUGUUACAAUAUUAAAUCUUAUAUUCAAGCAAUUUACCUUCACUCCAAAUGGCAUAAACUAAAAUACUGAAUAUCUAACAAUAGUUUAAAGUGCAGUCACCCAUCCCUACUUGUAAAGUUAAACAUCUAAAUUAUAAAAUGUGAUUUAACUUUCAGUGGCAUCCUUUAUGAUACUAAUGUUGGGAUAGGACUAGUAUUCAGACUGAAAAAAUAUGAUAUGUUCUAAGAUUGAGAAUAGCAUUAAGGAACCAGAAGAAACAAAUGGGAAGAUUCUUACCAAGGUCACACAUGAGCAGAAACAAGCAUAGAACUUUGGUUCUCUAAACACCUUGUUCCCUCCAUUACCAUGCUGUGGUGUGUGUGUGUGUGUGCUUAAGGGAAAGGAAAGGGGAAAUGUAACCAAAUCCACAAAAUACUACAAGUGAGCUAAAUCAUUUUGAUGUUAUAGAGGAGCUAUUUGUGGUAAAACAAUAGUAAGAUGAACAAUGACUAUGAAGAUCUGAGUUGUUACACAAGAUUGCCAACACAUCUGUAUAACCUUAGCCAGAUAUCUUUAUCCAUAUAUAUAAACUAGCUAAUCUAUUUUCUUAUACAUUAUUCUAGAGAAUAUGGACAAUAAUAAUGUCAAAAUAGUAAAAAUAUUUGCUUCAGGCAAAACAUUUUGACUAAGUUUCUAGAAAUCAGAUGUACUUGAUUUUAGAUUAAAAUUAUUUAAUUUAAAUUUAAAUAUUUAAAUUAAAUAAAUUUAAACUAAUGAAUGAUUAAAUGUUUUAACUAAAUGUGG